GUUUCACUUCUGAAAAAAAAAAAAAAAAAAAUUGUUUGCUCAUCAUCUUCACAAACCAAACUUCUCUUCUUCUCCGAUCUCAGAUUUGAAUUUUUAUCGAUUUUGAGCUUCGAAGAGCUCAAUCUCUAACUGAAUUUCGAGAAAUUAGAGAGUUUGAAAUGGGAGAGGAAGUACAAAUGAGCGAUUACGAUGUUUCCGGCGACGGAGAUAGGGUUUCUGAAUGGGAGAUGGGAUUACCAAGCGACGAAGAUCUAGCAUCUCUUUCUUACUCUCUGAUUCCACCGAAUUUGGCGAUGGCGUUUAGUAUCACACCGGAGAGAAGCCGUACGAUUCAGGAUGUGAAUCGUGCAUCGGAGACGACGCUCUCGUCGCUACGUGGUGGAUCUUCAGGUCCAAAUACCUCGUCGUCGAAUAAUAACGUGGAGGAGGAAGAUCGAGUUGGAUCUAGCAGUCCUGGAUCGGAUUCGAAGAAGCAAAAGACAUCAAACGGUGAUGGAGAUGACGGUGGCGGUGUGGAUCCGGAUUCGGCGAUGGCGGCGGAAGAAGGAGAUUCAGGAACUGAAGAUCUAUCUGGGAAAACACUUAAACGACCGCGUUUAGUGUGGACACCGCAGCUACACAAGAGAUUCGUUGACGUUGUAGCUCACUUAGGGAUCAAAAACGCUGUUCCGAAGACGAUUAUGCAGCUGAUGAACGUUGAAGGAUUAACUCGUGAGAACGUUGCGUCUCAUCUUCAAAAGUAUAGGCUUUACCUCAAAAGGAUGCAGGGAUUGACUAAUGAAGGUCCCUCUGCUUCGGAUAAGCUCUUCUCUUCAACACCUGUUCCUCCACAGAGCUUCCAAGAUAUCGGUGGCGGUGGCGGUAGCAGCGGUAAUGUUGGAGUGCCGAUUCCGGGGGCGUAUGGAACGCAACAGAUGAUGCAGAUGCCAGUUUAUGCACAUCAUAUGGGUAUGCAAGGAUAUCAUCAUCAAAAUCAUAAUCAUGAUCCUUAUCAUCAGAAUCAUCGUCAUCAUCAUGGAGCUGGUGGAAAUGGUGCGUUUGAGUCAAAUCCUUAUAUGAUGCAGCAGAAUAAGUUUGGAUCCAUGGCUUCUUAUCCUUCUGUUGGAGGUGGAAGCGCAAAUGAGAAUUAAAAAGAGUCUAUAGAUGGAUUCAAUGGGGGAGGAAGAGAUAGGUUCUUGGUGUCUACAAAAUUUCUUAUCUUUUGCGGAGUUUUCCACCGCAAAGUCCCAAAUUGCAUCUGUUCAGGAGAGGAUCAUACAAAGUAUCAUGUAGAAGCUAAACCAAGAGAAGACUGCAGACAAAUUUCAUAUACUCAUUUUUCUAUCUUGUAAGAGGUAAGUCCCUUUGUUUUAUUUGUCUGCAGACUUCUUAAAGUGGUAAUCAAGAGAGUGAAUUGUUUAUUUCUGUGAGAGAUGGCGUCAGACACAAACUUUAUUUUAAAAAUUUAUAAACCAAUCAAAUGUUUCAGAAGAAGCCAUUUUAAUACAAUCAAGUAUUCCUCAUAUGAUGACCUUACGAGUGAUUGGAGAGCCACAUACCAAUGAACGUCCAACAAAAGGAAGAAAGUGACAUUUUAACAAAAGCAAAAGUCUUUCCAAUGUUUCUUGCUGACAUAGGUUUCAGCCACUUAGGGUUCUACUUUGAGAUUUAGAUAAUAAUUUCAAGACCUUUUCAUCUCCAAUAUAUGUUCAUAAUUUUCAUUAAUAUAUGAUUGUUUCUCUGCACAUCAUACAUUCAGUGACAACCUUAUCUUCAGACCUUGAUUAUCUUAUUUAAUAGUAGCGAGAUUCUUCUAGAAUAGAAAAGUACAUAGAUUUCUUAACAUCCACACAAGUAAUUGUCUUCAUAGAGUCAUCAUGAAGUGUUCAAACUCCUUUAGCGAGUUGUGUAAAGAACCUCCACCUCUAACAGAGGCUCUCAGCUCCUCCUUCAAAGUGACGGCUCUCUUUCUCAUUUCCUCUCCUUCUUCGAAAACCGUUAACCUCUUCACAGCUCUCUCGACCGCUCCUCUUUCUAGAUCACCCUCCACUUGAAUCCCAAUUUUCCAAACACACUCCAAGUACCUUGCGUUCACCCGAAAAUGGCCUGCAAAUCACCGGAACUCCUUCGCUGAUCAUGUUUUCUAGUAUCGAGUUGCAUCCUUUAUGGCUCCAAAACGCCCCUAUUGCAGGAUGAGCAAGUACUUCCUUCUGUGGAGCCCUUUUCACAAUGUAGUUGAUACAUAUGUUUUCUACUUGUUUAUAGGGCGGAAGCUACUGUUACUAAGAAACCUGCUUUUCCUCCAUUUCCAAAACCUACAAGAAAACUAAUAAGUAGCUCUCUAAGCUCCGGGCUUAUAGAUUACUCUGCUUCUCAUCUUCUUUGAACGUUUUAUAUAUAUAAAUAUCAGAUUCUCGCUUGUGGACACUAAUUCAUCCGUAUAAUGUUUUGUUAGCUCUCUUUGCGCACAUGUGAAGCAUGUGGUCGAUGGUGUACGCAAGUAGUUACAUCUCUUUAUUUUGUUAGAGAGAGUAGUAAUCAAAGACAAAAGAAAAGAUGUUUAUUGUGAUGCAACAAUUCUAUAUUGAGCAAACUGCCAAGAGUGAUACAAAAGAAACCACACUUUGCAAAUUUUGCAACAAUUCAAUUAAUAUUACAUGAAGUUCAACAUCUUUGCUUUGUCUUCAAGUAAUUGACAAUAUCUUCCAAUGCGUUGUAUGAGGCGCCUCCACUACUGACAGAGGCUUUGAUCUUCUCUUUCAGAACAAGGGCUCUCUCUCGCAUCCCCGCACCUUCGUCAUCCACGAUCAACCUCUUCACAGCUCUCUCAACCUCUCCUCUAUCCACUUUACCUUCCACCUGAAACCCUAUUCUCCAAACACUUUCUAUAUACAUUGCAUUCAACUUUUGCUCGCCAUGAAAGGGCUUGCAAAUCAUUGGAACUCCUUCUCCAAUGCUCUCGAGUAUUGAGUUCCAUCCACAGUGGCUCCAGAAGCCUCCCACUGCAGGAUGUCCAAGUACUUCUAUCUGCGGUGCUCGUUUCACAAUGUAUCCUCUUUCAGAGACCAUUUUAUUGACAUCCUCUGGCAAUGACUCUAUUCCGUUAGUGCCAAGGAUAGAACCCGCUCGGAUAACCCAUAGAAAUGGUUGGUUGCUAUUACACAACCCCCAAGACAUCUCCAAAACUUCCUUGGUUUCCAUUUGACCAAGUGUUCCUAUGCUUAUGUAUAUCACUGACUUUGGUUUCUGCUUGUUCAGCCAUU